AUCCACUUGAUCGCCGCAAACCACCCCCUUUCUGGAGAUAUGGAUGGGAUAAGUGGAGCGGAUUCCAUCUGUUACAAGGAGUCAAAAAAAUUUGGGUGGCCCAAUACAUUUAAGGCUUUUCUGUCAUCCAGAUGGCAAGAUUUAAGGGGUCUUAUUAAGCAGGGAAAGAACGAUUAUGUAACCGUCUUGAAUGGAAAGAACGAAACUCUCUUUGACUCACUGGAAGACAUCUUUAACGGCAGCGAAGGCAAGUUGGUCCACAAAAAUUUCAUCUACUCAUUUGACGGUCGAGAUGUACUCAAUGAUGUUGUCUGGCCUUACAAGUACGUCUGGCACGGAUCUGAUAAGUACGGAUAUCAAAAACCGGAAAAUGAGACAUGCAAGUACUGGAGUAGUUCGGAUCCUGAUAAGUAUGCAAUGGUGGGAAAUUUGAGUAGGAAGAGAAUACUAUCGGCGGAUAAGUUGAGCUGCUGGCAGAGGUUUGCCCUACUCUGCUUGGAGAUCAGUCAAAAUAAUGGAGUUCUGCUAGGAAAGAAAUGA